AUGGCAUUUGAUUCAUUACGAAAUUAUGCAAAUGAAUUUUACGUACAAUUAACACCAUAUGAAAAAGUUGCUGUAGCUGGCGGAAUUGUCAUCGCAUUUUAUAUUCCGUACAAAUAUCUGAUUACACGAAAGCGCAAAACACCAAUUAAAGAUAAUUACAAGGAAGGGAUGGUUUAUUUAUAUCAAUUUCCACGGAUCAAAUAUGCACCAACUAUUUCACCAUUUUGCUUAAAAUUGGAAACUUGGCUGCGUAUGGCUGAUAUAAAAUAUGAAAAUGUAUGCUCUUGGACUAUACGUUCACUGGAGGGUACAUUACCAUUUUUGGAAUAUAACGGCAAAGAAUAUCCGGAUUCAACACUUGCAAUACGUGAUAUGACAAGAAUUUUUGCUAAAGAAUCAAUGGAAAAUCAUUUAAAUGAUGAACAAAAAGCAACAGUUCGAGCAUUUGAAUCAAUGGCCGAGAAUUCAUUGAUAAUGACCGUUGGCUAUUUCCGAAUUAUGGAACAUCUCGAUGAUAUCUUUGAACAACAAAUGCCGGAUCAUGCAUUUGGCAUAUUAACACCAAUUGGAAAUUUUUACUAA